AACUGAACUGUCUAAAAAUCUCUAUCUGUUUCAUAACAAGUUUUGUUUACUUUCAAUUCAUGCCUAUGACUUAUACAUGCAUGUAGAUAUAUAUUUUUUGGUUAAAUAUUAUGUUUACUUCUGUAAAAUGUUUAGGUUAGUAGUAUUUUAAAUUGUGUUUAACUUAUGAGAAAUCACCUUUUUCUAUUGUGACAGUUUGAUUUUUAAAUAAUGGCGUCUGAUAUUCUUCAAGAGGUGACUGUGGAUGAAAUCCCAAGAGUGUUGGAAGCCAUGAAAAAAGACUGGCCACAACAUUUCCUUCUUCAUCAGUUUGUGUCAAUACUAGAAGAAUAUCACAAAGAAAAUAUACAAAAUCCAAAACAAGUUCUUUACAAGUAUGGGGAUUUUGAAGAUGGUGUAUACAUUGUUAAGUCAACAUUUGCGAUUGGUGCAGAAUCAGUGAGUUUAAUAUAUCCAUAUACAACUGCUGCAGACUACACGGAAUUUUCAAAAGUAUUGAGUGAAACAACCAGAAUUCCCUGGACAGAGAAAUUUAUGUUUGAGGUUACGGCAAGACGACUAAUGCCAACGAUACAGCAAGUUUCUGCUGCCAAAGGAUGUGAUCUUGGAACGGAAGAAGGCGCUACUUUGUUCCUCCCGCCUGAAAGUGACAUUGAGAACAAGAAUUAUUAUGUCCUGCAGGUCGCUCCAAGAUGAUGUUUACUGGAUGAAUUUAUGCUGUUGAAGUAUACAAGAUCCAUCAAAAACAGUAUCUGGAUUGGCAUUAUUAAGAAAGAAGGAUUUGAUGUCUUACAAUCCCUCAAAGUAGUUCCCUUCUGAUGCCACACACUUUGCUCCUUGCACUGUUUACACUGCUCAAACCACAUUUUAAAAGUUGCUUCGUAGUAUUUUGUUGUAACUCCACUAAAUCUUGAAAUUGCUUGUACCUGUAAAACCAUAUUUCAUCACCAGUAAUGAUAUUUUUAAGAAAGGUUACUUCAAGGUGAAAGCAAUUUCAGUACAGACUUUGUAAAAACAUAUUUCAAAUCCAAAUCAUCGGCCAAAAGCAACUUAACUGAAUCAAAACUGAUUCCUAAAUUCUCAUUGAAUAAUUUUACAGUUAAUCGGUUAUCUUCUGUCAAUAAUUCCUUCACUUUUUCAUUUUUAUAUCAAACAUUAAAAUGUGAUGAAGAACUCAACACGCUUAGAAAUAAACUGAUACUGUUACGGAACUAACCAACACAGUUCACGUUUGUUUCAUUGUCCUGUGACAUUUAACAGCUAAGAGAUAUGACACUAAUUGGGAUACUUUUUGAAUGGACAAAUACUAUAUAUAAUUGUUCUGUUAUUGUAUCAUGUUCUGGUAAGCUUUUAUAUUAUAAAUAAUGUCCUGUGUGCAGAAGUUAAUAUUUAAUUGUUCUAUGAAUGUUGAGUUAGCUCCAGUUCACCUUCCUCUUAGUGCAGCAUCUGAAAUCAGACGGUGUCACACUUGAUUCAUGGAAUCUGGAGUCAUGUUCAUUUGAAGGGAUCCAAAAAAAAUUUGAUGACGAAGAAGCUCAAAUAAACUCUUUCCUUUGUUUAGACAUCAGAGACAUCUAGACUACAAAAUAUAGAAGUAAUCUAGGUGUCUUUGAUGUCAAAACAAUACAAAGAGUUUGUUUUGAGCUUCCUCUUAGCCGACUUUUAAAAAAUCUCCUCAGAUGAUUAUGACUCCAGAUUCAAGAGUCAAGUAUGAGGCAGCAUCAGAUUUCAGACAUUGCACUAACAAGGUGAACUGUAGCUAAACUCAACAUUCACAUUGAAUCAACCCUUCCCACUGUAGAUACAUGAAUUGUUCUCUUAUAAAUAACGUUUUGCAGGUUGCUCCCAGUAGACGUAUACUAGGAAUCUUUGGAUAAAACGCAUGCUGCAGAAGUUAAUAAAUUAUGUCUUGCAGGUUGCUUCCAGAAGACGUAUAUUUAGGAUCUUUGGAUGAACAUCAUGUUGCAGAAGUUAAUGAAAACUGGCCUUUUAAGUAUCCAGGAUCUGAGAAGUUUGUUGCUCUGCAAAUACAAAAUAACUUUGGACU